CAUAGUACUUCGGUCAGAUAUCAACAGAAAAAUGGCUACUUUGUGAAACAGAAACAAAUUCUUUGACGCAGCGAUUAAUACAGCUAUAACAGAAAAAUGGCGAAGAAUGUACUGAUGUCAGUUUGUUACAAUGGGGAUGAGGAGUUUGUUGACAUGCUAGAAAUUUCAUACAACACUGUCUGGACGGAUUUAGAGGCCAUGUUUAAGGCAAGACUUGACAGUGACAGGGUAAAUGUCAGUUACAUGGAUGUGGACAAUGACGAGGUUUCUAUUGGAAGUCAGGAGGAACUUUUUGAAGCUUUUAGGAUGGCAAUGAAGGUGAAGAACAUGUUACAAGUGAAAGUAAUGCCUCUAUCCCCUGAAACCCCAGUGUUUAGAAUGCCAGAUGUGGAGGAUGAAGAGGAGGGACGUCCCCUCGAGGUACCGCAACAACAGGUCAUAGACAGGGAAGAUGAGCCUCUUGACCUAAGAGAGAUUUGUCCAGACCCGCAUGUUGCUAUUCCGAUGCCUGAUGUUGAAACAGAAUCAGAAAGGUACCAGUCUGGUGAAUAUGUGAACCAGUCUAUGGUUGAUGAUGAGAUCCAGUCUAGAGUCGAAGCGGGAACCAAUAAAGAUGAAGUUGUCCAUAAAACAGAAUCUGAGCUGGAAGCCAGCAAGAUUAUAUUUCCUGAUUCAAGUGAACAAUUUGUUGCCAACUCUGAAGGAGCGCAAUGGGAAGUAUUACAUGAGGUAGAAGCCGGGCGCAAGGAAGGAAGUAGUGAUGAACAGACAGAUAGAUCAGAAAAUCUUCUUCCCUACUCAGAAUUUGUCACUUUCAUGACUAAGCUUAAGAAAGACUUACGGACCGAGAUAGUUCGAGAUGUAACAAGAAAAACUGUGAAGCAAGUAUUAAAGGGUCUAGAUGGCGCUGUAAUAGAAUCCUUACAGGGGUCUUCACUCUUGCAAGCAGGGGCCAAUACAGCAAUUGCAGGGUCUUCUAAAACACAAACAAGUGAACAUCCUGUGUAUGUACAUGACGGUGUGUACUGUGAUGUCUGUAACUGUGUUAUUGUUGGACCAAGAUAUAAAUGUGGAAACUGUCUUGAUUUUGAUUUGUGUGAAUCUUGCGAAGACAAACCUGGUUCUCACAACCCUGAUCAUGUGUUCGUAAAGAUUCGAAGACCUUGUUUCCGAGUUGGGGUUGCAGCUGACGGGGUCAGGAAGCCUCUUCUUAAAACUUCGAUCUACCGAGCACAGAGAAAAUGCGGAACAAAGCUUUUGAUUCCGAUUUACGGGGAAGGGGAAGAAGAUCAGAACGAUGCUAACUCUAAACUAGAAAGUAAAAUGAAGGGAAAGAUUGCUCAAAAAGAUGAAAAGAAAAGACAGAAAACAGAGAAGAAGAUUGAGAAAUUGAAGCGUAGAGAAGAGAAGCUGAAGAGACGUAUAGAUAUAUUUAGUGAAUCUCCGAUGAAGCGAGAGAGACUAGAGAUACUUGAUGAUGAUAACACUGUCAGAUAUGAUUUCUACAAAGUAAUGAUGAACUCUGUGUUCGUUUCCGAGGUAACGAUACCGGAAAAUACCAAGAUGCAGCCUGAGACAAAAUUUGUAAAGACUUGGAGAAUGAAGAAUGAUGGUGACGGGGUUUGGUCAUCAACUACAAAGCUGAAAUUACAGUGGGGCAACAUUCCCACCCCAUGUGCAGAAGUUAAUGUACCUGAAUUAAAGCCAGGAGAGGAGGGCAAUGUCAGUGUGGAUUUUGUGUCACCUACACAACCAGGUGAAUACCAGAGUCAUUGGAAGUUACAGGAAAAUGGUAUGCCAUUUGGUGCCCGGGUUUGGUGUACAAUAAUUGUUGUCCCCAGGGAGAUGCUGGAACCAACCUCAGAUCAAGAAGACAGUCUUAAGGUUGUCAUGGCAACAUCCCAGAAAUCUGAAAAGGAAGAAGAAAUCAAGGAAGAAGCCAAGGAGCAAAUAGAAAUUGCCUUCAGGUCAAAAGAAGAAGAAGAGCAUUUGAGAGAAGUAUUUGUUAAAAGAGAUGUUGAACCAGUCCAAAAAGAAGUUCAGAGUGAUGCCAGUCAACAGGAAGUUGUAGAUGAAGCAGCAAACCAGACUGCUGCUGAACGCAAACAGGAAGUAGAGAACCAGGCUGUAGCAGAUGACAAACAGGAAGUAACAAAGGAUGAUGGGAUUCAGGAUGAGAAAGAAUCAUUGACAGAUGAGGGUUAUGUUGUUUAUGCAAAACAUGGAGAAGCAGACGCUGAUGUAACUGAAGUGGAAAAAGAUAAAGCCAAGGAGAUGGAACAUUCUCAGAGCAUAGCAGAAGAUUUAAGUACAGCUGUGGCCCGGCUUUCUCUAGAGAAUGGGGAGAAGAGAGAGGGGAAACAAUCUGUAUCAUACACCACUACACCCAAUAAUACACCCUUUGAUGUAACCCCAUUGAAAACUCCAAACCCGGAGCCAGAAGAUGAACAUGUAGAGGUUGAAGACGAGUUUGAGAUGAAACCAUUGUCUAACAGUAGUAGUGUUGAACUGGUGACAUCACCUGACAACGAGGAGGUCCAGGAACCACAUGGCACAGCUGCUCAUUCCUACACGAGAGAACGGAUGGAGAGUCUAGAACUUAAACCAGAUAUUGAUCUAGAGUCAGUAAGCAGUUAUUCUGAUGAAGACGACGAUGAUUCCUUGCUAUCAGACAGUGAUUAUAUUAUUGUACCGCUACCCGACUGUUUUGAUCUGACCAAACCUCUGAAGGAGUCAACCAUCUCGAGCUACUCCAACUCAAAUGUUGCUGAUACCGACUUUGAUUUCUCCUUGGAUGACAACCAGAACAUGUUAGACAGUCACAAUAACAGACAGUCUGUUGAUGACAUUUUGACAGCUUCAAGCUCAAUACCAGCUAGGCCUUUGAGCCCAACUCAGGCAGUUGAAACCCCUCCUAGCUCUCAAAAUGAACAGAAUUCAACAGAAGCCACACCCUUUGUUGUGGACACUGUACAAGCCACGCCUCUUACAAGAAGUAAUGAUGGUAGUGCUUCAAGUGAUGGCGGGGCUAAGGGAGAUAACUCUGAUGUGAAUGGUAACUCUAUGAUUGGUGGGGAGACUGCAGAUAGUAGUGGAAAAGGCGACUCUGUUGUGAUAAUGAUUGGGUCAGCUAUUGAUCAAGGAGCAGUUAGCUCCCCUGUGUCUACUGAUACCAAUACUUUACAAGAGGGAGCCACUGGUGAAUUGGCUUCAGGGGCUGCAUCUGCUCAGAAUACGGAAGCGGCUGACAAAGAGCAAAGAGAGGUAACUGAUGAUGAGACUGUAAUAAAAGAACCGGUGUCCGCGUCUGCCCAGAUGCCAGAAAAUGUGAGAUUUGUCAAGAAAGGUGGACAAAAUGCACAGGGAAAGACGGUAGACUUUGCCCCUGAGUUUGCCAAUCAACUUGUUGCUACGGCAGUUAAUGCUGCUGGUCAGGCCUAUAUCACAGCUAAAGCAGUGUUCAAAACAUGGCAAGAUAAACAGCAGGAUGCCAAACUGCAGCAACAACAGGCAAAGGCCGCCAGACCUAAAUCACAACCCAAAGGCUGGAAACCGGCUGGAACUCAGUAUACCCCGCCUAAAGAGGAAGAGUUCAAAGUUCCCCAGUCUGAUUACAAACCCCCACAGUCUGAAUGGACUCCACCAAAAGCUGAAUAUAAACCCCCGACAGAUAAUUGGAAGCCCCCGUCAGAUAAUUAUAAACCCCCGACGUCUAAUUGGAAGCCUCCAGUCCAGUCUGAACCAGCUCCCCGUAAAGAUCAAUGGAAACCCCCAGCUGAUGGACCCAUGGAACAGCUGAUUGAAAUGGGAUUUAUUGAGACAGAUUUGAAUAAGAGACUUUUAGUGAAGCAUGAAAAUGACCUUGAGAAGGUCAUUCAGGAGCUGUUGAGCAUGAAAAAUAAGGAUUGGUUCGUGUAAAAUUAAACAAUACAAAAUACAAACAGUUUUUGAUUGGUUGAUUAAUACAUAUAUAUAGCUAUAUCAAUAUAGUCAAUAUUUAAACAAACAAAAUUUCUUGUCAUUAUUAUAUGUUUAAACCUUAAAACAGAUAACGAAAAUUGAUAUCUUAAACACAAUGACCAGAAAAUGAACACAAAUUAAAGAUCUGAAACUCAAUUAUCAAGAAAAUAACAGUUCUUUAUGAGCUCUGAAUAUGGAAAUAAUUUGAAUAUUAAAAAAAAAACUAACAACAGGCAGAUAAGAAUAUUAAAAUUGACAGCAUAUUGCUGGUUUGUCAUGUUUUGUUUCCUUGAAAAUGUCUACCUUGAGGGGGAUUGAUAUUCUAUUGAACUAUAGUUGAAGAUUAUUGUUUUUGCUUAUGCACAAAAUAAUGUGAUUAUAUGUAACUUAUUUUCUCUUCUAAAUAGUACCAAUAUAUAAAUCUUGAGAUCAGGAUGUCCUCACAAUAUUUAAUAACUGACAUACAUCAUGCUGUAGUAGUAUGCUUUUACAAGAGUAAAUGUAAUAAAAAUGUCUUUGUUGUUUAAAACAUUAAUAGUAGAAAUUUGUUUGUCUGUAUAAAACAUUAAAAUAUUUGACUUAGAUUUUUGAAUUGUUUUGAAAAAGUCUUUCAGGUGAGAUAGAUUGAAGAGAGAGUUACAUUUGAGCCACGUCAUGACAAAACCAACAUAGUGGGUUUGCGACCAGCAUGGAUCCAGACCAGCCUGCGCAUCAGGAUCCAUGCUGUUCGCUUUCAGUUUCUCUAUUUGUAAUAGGGUUGGUAAGCGAACAGCAUGGAUCCUGAUCAGACUGCGCAAUGCGCAGGCUGGUCUGGAUCCAUGCUGGUCGCAUAUGCAUAAUGUUGAUUUUGUCAUGUCACGGCUUAUUUCCUGUAAACAUACUCAUUGUAAUAAGUUCAUUCUUGCGUAAAAAAAACAACUGCUCCUGCAAAUAUAUAUUAAAGGAACUCCACUUUGGUCCAAACAUAAAAGUUGCAUUUAGGUCCAAACAUAAAAGUUGAAUUUUGUACAUAAAUCAACUGGAGCACUUAAAACAGAAAGAUGUGCAAAAUAAUAAUUAUUUUAGUGAAAAGCAUAGUUAUGUUGUUUUCAGAAUUUGAAUAAUAAUUGUGAAAAAAGGGAGUGAGUGAAUAAAGAUAAAUCUUGCAGUUAUUUGUAUGCCUACAUCAUGUAGAUCAUUAAUCUCGGAAUAAUAUUUCCAGUACUGUCAUGUCAAAAAACCUUAGUGGAGUCCCUUUAACAUAGAAGAAAAUGUGCAUUUAUUGAUAAGGUUAUGAAUGACAACAUGCCGUGCUUGCUAGGACUUUUAAAAUGUGCCCUCUAGUAGGUUCAAGUCUGCCAGAUGUAUUUUCUAGAUUUAGUCAGCUACCUAGCCAACUGUGUUUAAAUAUCGUUUUGAUUAUUCAUGCCCCAAUUAUCAAUAGAGAGGCAUUAAAGGGGCCAUACUCUCCUGACCACAAUUAAAAUCUGAAGCCAACAUUUCACCUUGAGAGCGUCAUGGUCGCUAACAUGCACAACCAAAUGGAAAUAUUUAAUUGAAUGAUAUUGGAAUGAGUAUAUAUACAAUGUUAAAUGUACAUAGAGCUAGAUGUGAGAGAGGAGUUUUUAUUACCCAUUUAUUAAAACAAGCCUGUACAUAUUGUUGUAAAUAUUGCCGUUAUAUUUGUUGUAGAAGGUAAAUAAAUAUUUCUGGAUCUAUAUGUUUAAGCAAAAUUUUGAUUUAAAUUGUUGUUGUUUAUUUUGUGUUUUUACUUCUUAGUGCUUGUGAAUAAAAUGUGCAGCCACCCCUUUUACUCUGAUCCCUUUAUGCUUAAUAAUAUAAAAUCAGAAAUUUUCGUGAGAGUUUUAAAUUUUGACAAUUUUUGCAAUUUUAAAAAUGUUCACCAUGUAUUAAGUAUCAUAUGACUUAAACAGAAAUGAAUGUAGAAAUUGAUGAAUACCAUAAAAUCCCGAUUGAACGCCCCUGGGGGCAUAACAUUUUUAAAUGUUUUAAGCGUUUAAUAAAGAUAAAAUAUGCUUGUCCAAAAAAAAAAUCUAACCUAGUAAAUAAGUUUCACAAAAGAUUUUGACCUUGCGAAAAUAUCUGAUUCUAGAGUAUAUUAUCACUAGUUAUAUAUUAAAAUGUGCAAUUAUCAACCUUUUCAUCAUUUUCCACUAGUAAGAGAUAUGAUUUUUUUAUUAUUGUAAAAUUGUUCAAAACAAAUUAUAUUGUUUUGAAUUAUUGUUGUUUUUGUUGUUGUUUUUUUCAAUGAUUUCAUAAAAUAAGUAAUGAUCCAAGAUUUUUAUUGGAUAUUAUCAGUUUUAUGGUAUAUAAGCUUAUUUUUCAAUUGGUUGAAUGUAAAUUGAAAUCAACGAUACUUACGUUCAAGCAAUUAAUUGGAAUAAAAAAACUUGGAGUCUGAGGUUAUAAAGAAACUUUCUAAGCUUAAACUCAGAUCUCUGGUAUUUCAUUGGCCAGAAACAAUUGACUGAAUAAACUCUGACCAAUGAAAAUCAUGAGAUUUUAGAGAGAUCUGUAUAUUAUUUUUUAUUUCUUAAGGAAAUGCAAUCCUGGCUCUUAAUAUAAUGAAUCAGCUUUGAAUUAAGUCAAUGGUCAAGUUAUUUAUAGUCUUAUCAUUUACCUUGUAAUGUUACAGAGUUACAGACCUUGGACCUGUGUUUUACUCAUAGUCACAUUCUAUGCUUUGGCUAAAUUGUAGAUAUUGUAUGUGAGUGCUUGAAAAUAUUACAAAUCAAACUAAGUAAUGGUUACAUCUGAAGAUACGAUUUACCUUGUAAUGACCAUGAAAUUGUUGUGUGCUUUAUAAUGGGAUAGACAGGUUUAAAUGGGUGUUGAUGGUAGCUUGCAUUUUCUAGAAGUACUGUACCAUCCAUAAACAAGCUCGGCCAAACCCAGCCUGCAAAAUUUUCAAUUAAUGAUGUGCUUUUGGGGUUCCUUAUUUUUCUCUUAUUUUAGAAUUAAAUUUAUUUUCAUGUCAUGGACAAAGGAUGUUCAAAAAGGUAGAAGCUAUUAUAUUAAGCCUGUUAUCUUCAGUUUUUAAAUGUCUUAGAUUAUUUUAUUGUAAGAUGAGGUACAUAACAAGUUAUUUCAAUAACCUUAUACCUGUAACAAAUAUAUAUCUUAGUGCUUAUAUUUUCUCCUCUAUAUGUGGUUUAAGUUGAUUUUAUUAUAACUUUUUUUUGUUUGUUUUUAUAAGUGUUUAUUUAGAGUUGAACUGUAUUUGUAUAUGAAGAAAUGGAUCAGAUAUGUUUAUAAGUGAUUGUAGUUAUAAUAAUAAAUAUUUUAAAUACUAAAUAUACUUUCAUUUUGUUGACAAAGGACUUCGAAUCACAAAUUUCAUAACUUAGAAGUAAGAUAAUCUGACUAUAUUAACUUUAUUAGGUGAUUUCUGGUUUUGACCCUUGGUGUUGCUUUAAAUUUGUAGCACCCAAAGUUUGCCAAAAUAAUCUUGCUCCUGCACUUCUGACCUUUGCAGAUAAAAACAAACAAACAAACUUUUAUUAUAAUUGCAGUGGUCAUUUAGGAACUAUGUGGUUAAUGUUAAAGGCAUAUACACUGAAUUUAUUUAGAAUUGCAAUGGUUGAAAAAAUAUAAUAUGAAUUCAAUUUGAUAACAUUAACAAAUGACAAUGUAAUUGACAUUUCUCAGAUAUACUUACAUAUAAUAAAUAAAGCAUAUAUUUGUCUGUAACUUAUUUACUUUACUUAGAUUGAGUUUCGUGAAAAAUGAAAUAAAAUUUAGAUAUAAUGAUAAAAUCGAAUCAUAGCAUUUCCAUGGACAUCUAUGAAACAUAAAGAACCUAUAUAUAUUAGCUUGUAUCAAAAGGCACAAUUUCUUGUCUGAUGAAAAUGCAAACCUGUGAAAUACAUGUAUAAUGGAUUAAUGGCAUGUUAGAAUCUCGUCUUGCGAGGAAGUUAUCACUGUAUGUUAAAUAGGGGUGGCAACGUUUAAACGGGUAUGGUCGAUUUUUAGCUAAAAACAGUUAGAAAAAUCCAUAACUGGUAACCAAGGUAAGUAUUUGACUAAGGGGCAGAAAUGUUUUAAAUUGAUUCUUAAUAUUUAGUUUUUUAUGACAAAAUACAACAAUUGUUUGUAUUUUAGUUGUUUUCAACAAUGUAUUUUUUCCGAUCUGAUCGAAUACAGUAUGACCCUAGAAAAAAAGGUUACUCCAUAUUCGGAUAUGUAUUGUAAUCAUUUUUGAGUACAACAAAAUAUGAACAAUAUGGCAUAUCUUGAUAUAUAUAAAGAAACAAAGUUAAUGUUGAAAACCUAAGGAUUUUAUUAGUAUGGUGGGUUAAACGUUUAACUCGGUUAUUACGUCGCUGUUUAAACAGUUAGCAUUUUUUCUAACCGUGACACCCCUAAUGUUAAAUGAUAGGUCAUAAAAGUAGCAUUUUGGAAAUUGUAACUUGACACCAAAUGUAUAUGAGAAAAAUAAAUUCAGGAUUUUUUAAAAGCUUUGACUUAUACAUGACACAACCAGUCACUUUACAAAAUAGCGAUGCCAAGAUAAUACUGUAUACAAUAUUGUUAUUCAAUUUUUGUAAAUUUUAGACAAAUAAAUAUGCUGCAUAAUUUUGAACUUGUACAUUAACACAGUUGUCCCCCUUUGAUCUGACCCAGCAUUUUAUACCUGUCCCAAAAUAGACUUUUCUGAUAAAUAAAGAAAUUUUCUAAAGAAACAUCAAAGUAACUGCCUGCCUUGAAUCAUUGAAUAUUUGUUGUGUCUAAAUGGAUCAUUAUUUUUUGUUGUCAACAUAUAUUUUAAAUUGAAUAUGGUUGCCAUGGAAACAUGGUGAAAAUCCCGGCAUGAGAUAGUGCUAAAAUGUAUAUAAAUUAUUUGUUAUCAUAGGUAUAAGCUCAUUCUCAUUUUCGAUUAAAUGUUGGGGGAAAAAGUUUGUGUCAGUAUGCGAUAGGAUUAAUGUAGUAAAGUUACUGUGGUAAUUGAUAUAACAAGAAGUAAAUUUUCAGUGGUAAAGUUACUGUGGUAAAAUUAAUGUGGUUGUCAGUAUGGUAAAAUUGUCAUAAUUUUAUUUUGUCAUUAAAAUAUUCACAAAAGUUAAUCUCAUCAGAUCCUGUAUACAUAUAGUUAGAUAUAAAACAAUGGUGAUUAAUUAAGUAAUAUAAUUGUAACAUGUAUUUAAUUAUCAAUAGUUUGAUAACUUUGUUUAGUGAAAUGACGCUAGUAUGACAUUUAUGAAGGUAUUAAAACAAUGGUAGGAUACUUUGUCAUUGUGCACCUGCAAAAUGCUCCCAUGUCAUUGUGCACCUGCAAAAUGCUCCCAUGUCAUUGUGCACCUGCAAAAUGCUCCCAUGUCAUUGUACACCUGCAUAAUGCUCCCAUGUUGACUCAAAGAUAAAAUAUUUUUGUAUUCAAAGAAAUCAUUAGAAUAUCAAAACAUAAUGUAGCUAAAAAUGUUUAUCCCUGAAAACGGGAUGAAUUUUGUUUGGAAGUGGGUGCGUUAAGGAAAAACUUUGGGAGGUUUUUACAGGUGCAGAAUGACAUAGUAUCCUACCAUUGUAAAAGAGCUUCACUGAAAGAAGAACUUGCUAAAGAAGAAUAUAUAGCAAUAUUUAUAUAAACAUUACUAGUAUAUCUUAUACUUCAUUAUUUGUAAAAUUAUGAGUGCUUUAAAACCUUACCUAAAAUGGUGUGAUCUAUGAUAUAUAUUUAUAUAUGCUUUUUUUUUCCCUAACCACUAAGAUAUUGGGUUUCAUUUAUGGUUCUGCAGUAAAGAAGAUAUUUCUCUUUUUUUUAGCUCACCUGUCACAAAGUGACAGGGUGAGCUUUUGUGAUCGCUUUUUGUCCGGCGUCCGUCCGUCCGUAAACUUUUACUUUAAAUGACAUCUCCUCAUAAACCACUAAGCCAAUUUCAUCCAAACUUCACAGGAAUGUUCCUUUGGUGGUCACCUUUAAAAAUUGUUCAAAGAAUUUAAUUCCAUGCAGAACUCUGGUUGCCAUGGCAACCGAAAGAAAAAACUUUAAAUAUCUUCUUUUAAAAAACCAUAAGAGCUAGAGCUUAGAUAUUUGGCAUGAAACAUCUUCUAGUGAGUGUCUACAAAGUUUGUUCAAAUAAAAGCCCUGGGGUCAAAAUUGGCCCCGCCCCGGGGGGUCAUUGAUUUUCCCUAUAUGCAUAUAGUAAAAACUUAAAAAAUCUUCUUUUAAAGAACCCAAAGAGCUAGAGCUAAGAUAUUUAGCAUGAAACAUGUUCUAAUGGGUGUCUACCAAGUUUGUUCAAAUAAAAGCCCUGGGGUCAAAAUUGGCCCCGCCCCGGGGGGUCAUUGAUUUUCCCUAUAUGCAUAUAGUAAAAACUUAAAAAAUCUUCUUUUAAAGAACUCAAAGAGCUAGAGCUUAGAUAUUUGGCAUGAAACAUCUUCUAGUGAGUGUCUACCAAGUUUGUUCAAAUAAAAGCCCUGGGGUCAAAAUUGGUCCCGCCCCGGGGGGUCAUUGAUUUUCCCUAUAUGCAUAUAGUAAAAACUUAAAAAAUCUUCUUUUAAAGAACCCAAAGAGCUAGAGCUAAGAUAUUUAGCAUGAAACAUGUUCUAAUGGGUGUCUACCAAGUUUGUUCAAAUAAAAGCCCUGGGGUCAAAAUUGGCCCCGCCCCGGGGGGUCAUUGAUUUUCCCUAUAUGCAUAUAGUAAAAACUUAAAAAAAAAAUCUUCUUUUAAAGAACUCAAAGAGCUAUGGCGAAGAUAUUGAGCAUCAAACAUGUUCUAAUAGGUGUCUACCAAGUUUGUUUAAAUAAAAGCCCUGGGGUCAAAAUUGGCACUGCCCAGGGGGUCAUUGAUUUUCCUUAUAUGUGUAUAGCAAAAACUUAAAAAAUCUUCUUUGAAAAAACCCAAAUAGCUAGAGUUAAGAUAUUAAGCAUGAAACAUCUUUUAGUGAGUGUCUACAAAGUUUGUUCAAAUAAAAGACCUGGGGUCAAAAUUGGCCCCGCCCCGGGGGUCAUUGAUUUUCUUUAUAUGUGUUUAGCAAAAACUUUAAAUCUUCUUUGAAAAAACCCAAAUAGCUAGAGUUUAGAUAUUAAGCAUGAAACAUCUUCUAGUAAGUGUCUACAAAGUUUGUUCAAAUAAAAGCCCUGGGGUCAAAACUGGCCCGGCCCCAGGGGUGUCAUUGUUUUUAACUAUAUGUGUAUAGUAAAAACUUAAAAAAAAAUCUUCUUUUAAAAAGCCCAAUGAGCUAGAGCUUAGAUGUUUAGCAUGAAACAUCUUCUUAUGGGUGUCUACCAAGUUUGUGCAAAUAAAAGCCCUUGGGUUAAAUUGGCCCAGCAACGUUGGGGGGGGGAUGGGGGUUGGGGGGGGCCUAUAUACAGGUGAGCGACCUCAGGGCCAUCAUGGCCCUCUUGUUUUCAUUUUUCAAUGUGAUUACUGAUAUACAGCAUAUUGACUUGAAACAAAAAAAUCCUCUGUAUAUUAUAAUUAUGCUCCCGUUAAAUAUCUUAAAAAAGCUUGUCUAUGUUUUAAUUCAAACAAAGCCAGUAGGAAAUUUAAAAAAUGAAUACAGAAUGAAUAGUGAACAGUGCAGACUAUGAUCAGUUGACACAUAUGUACCUGAACUGGCCACAUUGGUAGAACCAGUUGACACAUAUGUACUGGCCAAUCUUGGUAUGCACUGGCCACAUUGGUAGAAUCAGUUGACACAUAUGUGCUUGCCAAUCUUGGUCUGCACUGGCCACAUUGGUAGAAUCAGUUGACACAUAUGUGCUGGCCAAUCUUGGUCUGCAUUGGCCACAUUGGU